AUGGUUUUUGGGAUAGGACUGAUCGUCAAUGCGGUCCUUGUGGCCAUCCCAGUUGGGGGAAGCGUUGGAGCUCUUAUGGGCCUUGACGCCCACCGAGCCGCUACGGGUCAGAAGCCUCUAUUUACCGGGGGGAACAAUAGCGAUGACAGCACCGGCGGCAGCGACAGCACUGGCGGUGGUGGCGGUCAUAACACAAUCACGAACAACGGCGUGGAGCACACCCAAUACUGCGAGCUGUCUUGGGGAAUCACUCCACCAUCAAAAACUGAACAAUACACCCUGAAUCCUAAUCAAUGGGGUGUGACAAGUACCUCGACAGGAAACGGGCUUUGCAUGAAUAUCACAACGUUGGUCAACCAGACUUAUGCCGCCCAAACCGCUCCCGAAUUUUCUAUCACCUGGCAGUUUGACCCUGGCCCACAGACUGCGCCUGUCCACGGAUACCCGAAUAUUCGCGUCGACAAUGUAUUGCCAAAGGAGUUGGAAAAUAUCUCGGAGUUGAAUCUUGACCUGAGUUGGACAUAUGGACUGGGUGACACGACCGCCGCAUCAACGGAUGUACAAGCGUUGGCGACCGAAAACCUUGCUACUAACGUCGCCAUUGAUAUGUUCUUGGAUGCCGAUGCCGAUAAAGCCAAGAAUGAAACUCAGGCGAAAUUCGAGGUCAUGGUUUGGUUCUGGAUGUCGAAUCUGGAGGCCCAGCCCCAUGGAUGGGGUAACCCAGGAAUCAACAGGACCUUGGAUGGAACGAAAUUGUUAGUUGAAGUUCAACUUGUACCUGACAUAUUCCAGCAUACGCUAACAUGUAUUCUCAUCAGCACACUUUACACCGGUCAAAAUGACAACGGACAAUACGUUUUGUCCUGGGUCCCGGAAAUGGGAACGAUUGUCGAGAAGUUCUCUGGAGACCUCUAUCCUCUCAUCACCGAUCUGUACAGCUUCGGAGGAAGUGACUAUCCGUCCAAAAACGACUACCUUGGCAGUCUCAGUUUCGGAACUGAGGUCUACUCUGUGAACAAAAAUGUCACCUUCUGGGCCGACGAGUACAAGAUCGACAUCAAGAGUUGA